GGUGAAGGACGCCAUCCUGCGAGAGGUCAAGGCCAAGCUGAGCAUUGUGCACGUGCUGCAGGAGGUCCUGGAUCACGUGAUGCCUCUGACGGUGCUGCUGGUGGUGGUGAAGGCGCUGCUCUAUCGUCGCGGCUACCUCAACAAGGACAACUACGACAACUGCUACAUCACCAGAUAUCUGAUGGAGAUUGAUGCCAAAAGGACGGAGAUGGAAAAGGAAACAGUGUUUCCUCUCAAAACAAGGGAGAAGUUCAAAUACAUCAAAACGUUCUCAAUGAAAAUGACGGAAAAGGAAGCCCAGAAGAUGGUAAAGGGCGUGCUGCUGUGGCUGUUCGCGGCCUUCCACGCCGGCUACUACCUGCUGUGUGACUACGGCCUCUACUGGAUCCUCACGCUGGUCCGCGUUCACAUGGACGUGCGCACCAAGAUGGCGGUGCCUGCUCACUUACAAAUGCACGUGCAGGGCCAGGGGCCUAUGGCUGACAUGUACAAGGCUAUGGUGGGUGUCCUUGAACCUGUAGCAGACGACGACCUUGACAUUGACACGAGUCAAUGUCUCCCAAAACCCUCCAAACCGAAUUUCCCGGUGUACCAGACUGUGGUAGGCGUGCUCGCUGUCUGUUUCUUCUUGACUGUUUUCGAAGCUUACGGGCUACGGCUGAGGCAUGCAGUAGCCGCUUGCUACUACCCACAGAGGGAACGGGUUCGAGCAGUCUGGCUGUACAACCAUAUCCUCGUGACACGAGGCAGUUUUCUCUCAGUGGCAAGACGACAACUGCACAGGAAGCGGAAGAACGAACAAGACGUGCAGAAAAUUAGCAUCCGAAGCCGCAUCGUGGCGCAGUGCCCUAUGUGCAAGAUAAAGCGGUCCGCGUGGCAAACCUCAAAGCCCGCAAACAAAAGGCGGUGGAGAAGAGAGAUGAGCGACGGCCGAGCCAAGUGAUGGAAGCUUUCCAGAAACGUUUCGCGGUCGCCAGCACAGCUUCACAGCUGGCUUUACUGGAGAGCCAAACAUCGCACGUUUCCUCCAGCGAUGUCGACGAGGAACUCGAAGAAGCAGAAGAGGAGGAAGAAACAGAGUCAGAGGAGGUUUCCAGUUCCGAAUACGAGACCGAAUAUCAAUAUCGUGAGCCAAGAGAAGACUCACAGUCGGAAGACUCGAACAUCCCUCCCCGAAAACGUUCAAGAUUGGGGUCUACCAGAAAACGCUCAGAAAUGGUCACCACGGACAUUUUCCAUAGUUCAGACAGCAGUGACGAUAGUAACUGAUACCUGGUUUCUCUGUGACUCCGUGACUUUGUGGAUUGUUACUGUUGGUAUUAUUGCUGUUGUUAUAUUUCUUCGUGGUAAUCUGCACCCCGGGCUCAUGCUAUUUUUUUUCCAAUUCCAAAUCCAAUGCCACGUUGUAGGGGUGGAAAUUUUUUAUGAGCAAUUUAUUCUUGCAGUAACACUUUUUUGUGAGGGACAUUGUUCAAGUUACGAACGUCAAGGCGUUGAAAGGGGGGGGGGGUUAAGUCCGAGCCCAUUCUGAUAGGAUGUUGAGGAAAAAGCAGGUAUUAGUACCACUGUUACCAAGAAGUGUAUAAUUUCUCUAUUUUUUAUAGUCUGGUCCAACAGGCUUGAAUAAAUGGGGGAAAAAAUGAAAAUGUGCAUCUGGUAUUACGUGUAAUAUUUGUGACGAUCUCAGAAUCGCCUUACUUGUUUACUGAGAUCAAAUUUUAAUACUCCGCAGGACAAGAAGAGAAAACUUGACGAUGCGUACCUUACGAUAAAUUAACCUCCAUCAAACCACUACCUACUGGACUACCUUUAAAUUAAAACGUUCUGUCUGAUAUUUUUGGCUGUUUUGAAUUAUUUAGACCGUAAGAUCAGAAAACCAUAAUAUUAUGUUCUAUUUGCCCUUUCAAUAUCGUAAGAUUAGAUUCUAUCCGAAGUCUUUAUCAAGAUAUUCAAUUAAUUGCAUUCGAAAAGGCUUGGCAUGCUGUGAAACUCAACAAAUUUCUCAAAACUAGGUACUGAACAGAUAGAACUUCUUAAUCGAGGGUAGAGACUGGUUGGUGCAUCAAUAACCAUGGCGGGACACACAUAUGAUACAUAUUGCAUCAUGUUUGUUUGUUUGAGCAAAGAGAAGUACAUAGACACAAAUUCCUUUAGCAAUUUCAACGUUAGACAUAGAUUUAACUUGUAGCAGUAUUGAAAAGCAGUUUUAUUUCCAAAUGGUACGAGCACACUUUACUCAGUUGUGUCAAUUGACUCACUUGGAAAAUAGUUUUUGUGAUACACGUAAUUAUAUGGAAAUAUUACAUGUUCGUAUUUUUUAAGGGAAAUAUUAGCCAUUGAAGGAUACCAUUACUAUUAUUAUCAAGUAAAUUGUACCGAUAUCCUUAAAAAGUGCUCAUCUCUUAUAGAGCACGGCUUUGAUAUCUUUUUUUUUUUCGAAAGUGUGCCAGCAUUACACAAUGUAGUUGUAUAUUUCUCUCAACGAGUGACUCGUAACUUCUUGUAUGUUCGUUUUGGGUUCCUUUUUCUUACUCACUAGAUUUUUUCACGGCAUAUUUUUUUCAAGGGACUUUUCUUCUAUGUCCUACAUGGUAGACGUGAUUUUCAAAACCGAUGCAAGUAUGUUAUUGACGUCUAUACUAUUUCUUAGACAUCUCAUUUAUCUUGAGAUAACGUGUAUGGACUUUUCCACACUUGACCAUAUCACAGGCUGUUUGAUACGUGUGGACCAGUGCCUGUGAGAUGCAAAAGAGCAACGGAGGAACAAGGGCUGUCUGAGUUGAGGAAAAACAUACAAAGAGAGAAAAGCUUCACAAUUUGUCAAUAACAUGUAUCAUUUAACGCAAUCAGCGAAUGUUUCAACAUUAUUUUCUAUUGUCAAAAUACGUUACAGCAGACAUAUCGUGGAUGAUUGCCAACAUUGUUACAAAAUGCAAAAA